GAGUUUCAUUCGAAAACGCGCGAUGGCCUCAAACCACCCAAGCACCACAGCGGCGCCCGAGGCCCGUAUCAAAGCACCAAUGAUGGGUGAUGCAGAGGUAUUUGCAGCGCCUGCUCCGUCUGCUCCCCUUUCCCUGUUUCUGGUCCUCAGCAUCAGACCAUCGCUCGUUGUGGUCGGCCCCUCUGCCCAGGCAUGCAGCUACCAAUAGCUUCAGUGUGCCAACGCAGCAGCUAAGGCGCAGUACCUCGUAAAGGUGGACAGCCCGAACGCCUCCUCGACCUUUUCGAUUCACUUGAUCCUUUGCUUUUUUCACCAUUUAUUUAUCCUCAUCUCUGCUUGCUUGCAAUCUAUUGCAUCUAAUCUAGCAUGGGCACAACAUCUACAAUGGCUCUGCCUUCUUCCCUCUUGGCGGGGAUCUUGCUAUUCUCCAACCUACGACUCACCUCCGCACAAACAGACAAUGGCAACGAAUGCUCUUGCUUUCGAACGAAUGGCUCUUCGGCCGGAUACUUCACAUACCAUCGCUUUCACGACUGGAGAAAUAUCGCCAUCGCGGCGAACCCCCCAGCAGCCAUCUCCAGCGAGAUCAAUGCAACCGCUGCAUUCGCAACCUCAAAUUUCUUCAUCAGCGAUGCGUGGACAGGCGAUUGGACAACCCAGAACUGGAAUAACAGCGACAGUAGGGGAUCUUCAGAUGCUACCAUCCUAAUGAUCAACUCCCCAAACAAUGUCUACAUCGAGAAAAGCAACGACACUUCCCCCGAUUACACCUCCUACCUAACCCUCCGCACCAAGCGUCUUCCCGACUUCCAAUCCGCGGCAGAAGUCGACUCCAAUCAAAAGAACUUCCAAUACCUCUCCGCCCGCUUCCUCGCCCGCGUAAUCGGCUCCCCCGGCGCCUGCGCAGGCAUGUUCACCUACCUGCCCAACAACAACGCGCAACUGAUCCAAGAAGCCGACAUCGAGAUCCUGACCGGCGGACCACGAGACAUGGUGCAGUACACAAACCAACCCUCCAACGACAAGAACGGUAAUCCAUACCCUCAAGCAACUGUUAAUUCCACGAACCCGGGGAUCAGGGAUUGGACGCUGUGGAAUACGUAUAGGUUGGAUUGGAUGCCGAAGAUGACGAGUUGGUAUGUGAAUGGGCUGAAGGUGGCGCAGAUUGGCUUCCAGGCUCCCCGGGACCCGAGUAGUUUGAUACUGAAUAUGUGGAGUGACGGGGGCGGGUGGACGGGGAAUAUGAGUCUUUAUGAUGAGGCGUACUUGCAGAUUCAGUGGAUGGAGGUGGUGUAUAAUACGAGUGGGACAUAUGCUGGGACGAGCAAAAGGGAUGAGCAUGGUGUUGGGGGUUUGCUGGAGAAGAGGAAGGGCACGCCGGGGUGCAAGGUUGUGUGUGGUGUGGAUGAGAAGGUUAAUGUCACCGGGACGCCGGCGCUGCUUUAUAAUAAUACGGGGAUGGCGUCGACGUGGAGAGGGGAGGGAAUGGGCGAGCUGGCUUGGAUACCGGCGGUAUUGGUGGGAGGUGCUUUGUUUGGAUAUCUUUGAGGGGAGAUGCACAUAUGGAUCUGGGUAUCUGGCGUUUUUGGACGGGGGUAAAUAAAAGGAGCAGUAUCUUGAGUGUGGAUUAAUGGAGCAAACAGCACGUUGAUGUUUCACAUGGUUCUGUCCUCAAUUCUCUACAGACCUCCAUAUCCCUUAUUCCUCGCAGCGCGGUUCUUUCCAGGUUUCUGCUUUAUUCUUUCAACCACACUGUGCACCAUUCGUUUCGAGGAAGUCUCCCCUCGG